UCAUCCAACAGAACAACCCUUCCAAACCUUUCUCCAUACACAUAGCUAGAUACCUGGCCACGAAAUCAAAUCAAGACAUGGCUUCUUCGUCGAAGUUGUUCCUCGUUGCUCUCAUCCUCGCCGUCACAUUCUGCAACAUGGGCAAUGUAAUGGCGGCACGACAGCUCCUCCAACUGCCGAAACCCGGCGCAUUGCCUCCGAUGCCCUCAAUCCCAUCUCUGCCGCAGCCAACCCUGCCGUCCGGAGGAUUGCCACCGCUCCCCAGCGCCGGCGCCUUGCCCACCCUGCCGCAACCAACUCUGCCGUCCGGAGGAGGAUUGCCACCGCUACCCAGCGCCGGCGCCAUUCCCACGAUGCCCACUAUUCCUUCCAUGCCAAAGGUCUCUCUGCCGCCACUGCCUAGCGGUUUGCCAACCAUGCCUUCCAUCCCUGGCCUUACCCCGUCGGGCCCCGGCAACUGAAUGAACUAGUACUAUCUUGUGAUUGCAUGUGUAGAGGGCUCAUUGUUUGUUUCUGUUCUGAUUGUUAUUUGAUUUUCUUCGAUUCUACGUUGGUUUCUACGCUCGUAUCAUUUGUCGUUACUUUUGGUAAAGCCACAAGAUUGAGUUGAUAAACGUCGAUCCAACUCAUACUUGUAACUUUGAAACUAAUAGGUAUAACACAACAUUAGGAAUAGCAAUGGAUCGGGUCGGGAGCGGAUAGUGCAUAUCCGUUACCCUACCUAAAGUAGUUCGGGUUUUACCCAUACCCAUACCUACUUGUGGAACGGGUAGAAAAUCAAAACCAUGUCCAUGUCCGUUCGGGUUUCGGGUAUCCACGGUUAUCCAUGGUUAAUAAUUUCUCUUCACACGUAUUCUUACAUUACGUAAGAGGAACAGUACGACAAUAAUUCACUAGAAUGAGGAUAAUUAAUUAAAACAACACAAUUUCAUGAAAAUAUUAUAUUUAGAUGCUAAAUAUAAAAUAUGUUAGAUAAAAAUAAUGAUUAUUUCAAGACAAAAUACAUAUGUAUAUGUAUAAUCGGGCGGGUUCGGUUUGAAUAGUGAGAAACCCAUGCCCACCCAUUACCCGUAAUAUUCGGGUUCGGAUUUUACCCGUACCCACUAAAUGUUUUUCGAGUUCGAGUUUUACCCUACCCGAUUUGACCGGAUUCUGACAGAUAUCCACGGUCACGGAUAUUUUUACCAUCCCUACCCAACAUGAACUCAACCAAGACGUUGAAAUAUAUUAAUGACUUAUCCGCAUCCCUCACUCAUAACGAUCCGACUUAUGAUAAAUUUGGCAACAAAAACGAGAAAACAUGUUUACUUUUUAUUCUGUUUUCUAUUCGUUUCCAACUAUGAAAACAGAAAGUGACAACUUCCAGCUAUUUUCGGAAACUACAAAAUAUUGUUUUCACCUGUUUUCAACAUCUGUUUUCUCAAAAACAUGAAUCAGAAAUGAAAGUAAACAUUCCCUUAUAUUAAUUUCUUACCUGCAAAUUACCUCCAUUUUAACCACUAAACUAGAAUUGCACUGAGACACAAUUGUUUUACACUCUCGUCGUAACCCAUAUCCAAGAUUUUUUCCCCGGAUCAACAUGGUCAAGCAACUGGGUCAUGAGUUUAAUGGUUAAAUCAAGAUCAACCCAUAUAUCCAUCAAAAGAGUAACAUGGAAACCAAUCUCCUCGAACAAUCCACUUAACCAAACAAGUUACGAGCUAAGGAAUAUUAUUUAACAUUGCCACCUUUCAUUACCGUCUAACACCACUAACCACCCUACACAGGGUGGUAUCACUACAAGAAAACUAGCUUAUAGAGGCAAAUAAUUAGACGCAAUUAUUUUAUUGGUUUCUAUAGUUAAGUUUUAGGGACAAAAAUAUUAUUUGUCUCAAUAGGUGAAACUAUUUGUCUCUGUUUCAUAAUAUUCUCUUAUAUUUUAUAUAAAAUAAACUAAAAUAAUAAUUUUAGAGGCAUUUAUUCUAUUUGCGUCAAUAUAAUAUUUAAAUCAUACAUAUAGAGGCAAAUCUACAAGAUUUUAGAAGCAAAUACAAAUGUUAGGGAUGGUAUAUGAUAUAGAGGCAAAUCUUAUAGUUUUUAGAGACAAACACAAAUGUCACUUAUAACUAUGUGAUAUAGAAGCAAAUUUAAAAGCCUUUAGAGACAAAUACAAAUGCCACUUAUAACUAUGUCAUAUAGACACAAACCCAAUAUUCUUUAGAGACAAAUACAAAUUUCAUUUAUAAUUAUAUUAUAUGGACACAAAUCUAAUAGCUUUUAGAAACAAAUAAAAAUGCCACUAAAAAUCUCUAAGCAAGUACCAUAAAGAUUGAUUAUCUUGUUCAUCUAUUGUAUUUUUAUUUUUUAAUUACUUUACUUCGUAUGACAUCUAUCUAUUUUGAGUUUUUUACACCCAUUUUCAUACCAGUGAGGGUUAACUUUGUCAUUUUACCGUGACUACCCCAAACAACCCUAGAAACGAUUUGUCUUCUUUCCUUCAUCAUUUGGCCGCCCAAGUCCCAACUCCUCUCUUUACUUUCUCUCUUUUCAUGGUUCCAUCUGCCCAGAUACAAAAAAAAAAACAUUAAUUUCUUCCUUGUCCUUCUAAUCCACUUUCCGGAGAAUCGAAUGACAAAUAAAGGAGGACUAUAAUUCAUUUUCUUCCUUUCCCUCCGUCGUUAACCACCGUAACAUGGCCUAAACCGCCGUAGCCCGAUCGUGAAACUCCUAAUCCGGGUAAGAUCGUAACAUGUGAGUCUUUCUUCCUUCUUUUCUCGGUAUUUUUAUGGAUUUUGAAGCCACUUUUAAGAAGUAGAAAUGAAAGAAGAAGGAAAGGAAGCAGCCGCUAGGUUUAGCUGCUGAAUGAUUGGAGGGGAAAAUCUCAGAGAAAGCUGUAUGCUUCUCUGUUUCCUUUUAUACCAACAGAAAUCAACUACAGUAAAAACGGAAAUGAAGUUUAAAACUGUAAUUUAAAUAUUACUGUGCCUAACACGUGGCAACAAACAACCGUCCAACACUUAACGGCUAGCUAGUAACGGAGACAAUGGAAACGGCAUCGGAUUGAACAAACGGCUGCGUAUUACUCUUCUUCAACCUUCGUCUUCCCUCUGCCUUGGUUCUCUAGCUCUGCACAGGAGGGUUCAUCAAUCUGCUCUAAUACUCCCCCACAAGUUGGCGAGUGUAUAUCCAAAACUCCCAACUUGCUAAGUAGAAAUUUCAGCCUGUAUCUUGUCAUGCCUUUGGUAAACAAAUCUGCCAACUGAUCUUCUGUUCUGACAUGUUCAAGCUUGAUUAAUCUAGACUUCAGCCUUUCUCUUGUAAUGUGACAAUCAAUCUCGAUGUGUUUCGUUCUCUCAUGAAACACAGGAUUUUCAGCUAUAUGGAUAGCUGAUCUGUUGUCACAAUAAACCUGAACAGGUAGAGGAAUUUUGACACCCAUUUCUGCAAGCAAUCCUUUCAACCACUGCAACUCACAAACCAGGUGUGCUAAGGCUCUGUACUCAGCCUCAGAAGAUGAUCUAGAAACUGUACUCUGUUUCUUAGACUUCCAGGUUAUCAGACUGUCCCCAAGUAAGGUGCAAUACCCUGUGAUUGACCUCCUUGUGUCAGGGCAACUUGCCCAAUCAGAAUCUGAAAAACCUCUUAACUUCAAUUCACAAUCAGAUUUAAAAAGCAAUCCUUGUCCUGGAGCAUGUUUCAAAUACCUUAAAAUCCUAUAGGCAGCCUGCAAGUGCUCACUAUAUGGAUCCUUCUGGUAUUGGCAUAAUUGCUGGAUAGCAAAUGUUAAAUCUGGUCUAGUGAUAGUAAGGUAGUGUAAUCUUCCUACUAACCUUUUGUAAACUUCAGGAUUAGGAAGAGGCUCCCCUUGCUUAGCAGAUAGCUUCAACUUGUAGUCAAUUGGUGCCAAGCAAUCCUUUGCUUCCAGAUAUCCAGUGUCUUCCAGCAACUCCAUACAGUAUUUCCUUUGAUUCACAUGAAUCCCAUUUACAUCCCUAUAAACUUCCAGGCCAAGGAAAAACUUUAGAUCACCAAGAUCCUUCACUUUAAAUUCUCUUCCCAAGAACAAUUUCAAUUGUUCUAUAUCUCCCAAGGAGGCUCCUGCAAUCAGUAUAUCAUCUACAUACACCAGAACAAUCAACAUUCUUCCCUGAAUUCUCUUGACAAACAUUGAAUAGUCUGAAGCAGUUUGAGCAAAGCCAUUUUUCAACAAUGAACUAGCUAAUUUGGCAAACCACUGCCUGCUGGCCUGUUUUAGUCCAUAAAGAGACUUCUUUAACUUCAGUACCAUUCUCUUGUCAGGUAAGUUCAUCCCUGGUGGUGGCUUCAUGUAGACUUCUUCAUUUAACUCUCCAUGAAGGAAAGCAUUUGAUACAUCCAUCUGAUGUAUAAGCCAGUCAUUAGCAGCAGCCACAGCUAACAAAACCUUAACUGAGUUAAUCUUGGCUACUGGUGAAAAUGUAUCCAAGAAAUCUAUCCCAUAAAUUUGAGUAAAUCCCUUGGCCACUAAUCUGGCCUUGAACCUCUCUAUGGUACCAUCAGCUCUAAGUUUCACCUUAUACACCCAUUUACAACCAAUUGCCCUCUUACCAGUUGGCAAAUAAGCCGGUUCCCAAGUUUGAUUUGCUUCAAGAGCAUCAGAUUCAUCCUUCAUGGCCUCCCUCCAACACAGUUCUUUACAGGCUUCUUCAUAAGUUUUUGGUUCAGUAACAGCCAUGGCACUCAUCACAUAAGUUUUAUGUGCAGGUGGGAGUUUGUCAAAAGUGACAUACUUAUCCAUGGAGUACUUGCUAACUGCUCCAACCUUGUAGUUUUUGUGCCAAACUGGCACUGUUCUGAUUCUGUCAGAUUUCCUUAACUCAGGACCACCUUCUACAUCCUCAAAUUCAAGUUGUGCAACUAACUCAUCCUCCCCUUCAGAGUUCACUCCUGAAGACUCUACUACUUCACCAACAGAGGAAGCAGGCAAUGUGUCUGUGGCAGAAGGAAAAGAAGGUGAGGAAGGAGGAGUUGAGGAAGAAGGAGUAGAGGAAGAAGGAGGUGAAGUCUGAGAAGGUGUGGAAGAGGAGAAAAAUGGAUCAGGAGGAAUAGGAUUAUUGGGAAAAAUUGGUGGAUUGCUAGAAUAAGUAGGUUGUGGUAGUGAAUAGGUAGGAACAGAAGUAGAAGAAGAAGGGUCUAAGAAAGCGAUAAUGGUUUCAUAAAAGACCACAUGUCUGGAAACAAAGGUUUGAUGUGUGUUAAGAUCGAAGAGUUUGUACCCUUUGAUCCCUGGAAGGAAGCCAAGAAAGACACAUUGCCUAGCUCUGGGACUGAAUUUGGUUCUGUCUCUCAACAAGGUAGAUGCAUAACAUAAGCAACCAAAAACAUUUAAUAGAUCUAAGGCUGGUUGUUUAUGAUACAGUAACUCAAAGGGUGAGACACCAUCAGUUACUGGUGAAGGCAAUCUAUUAAUUAAGUAGACUGCAUGCAGGAUGCAAUCACUCCAAAAAUGAAGUGGCAAUCCUGAUUGGAAACGUAAAGCCCUGGCAACAUUGAGAAUAUGCUGGUGUUUCCUCUCAACUCUGGCAUUCUGCUAAGGAGUUUCCACACAGGAAAGCUGAUGUUCAAUCCCAAAAGCAUUGUAGAAAUCAAUCAUGUGAAACUCACCCCCCUGAUCACUCCUUAUAACCUUAACAGUUUUGCUAAACUGGUUCUGAAUCAUAACACAAAAAGAUUCCAGAAGAUGAGAAGCUUCUGAUUUCUGUUUCAUUAAAAAUACCCAAACACUGCGUGUAUGAUCAUCCACAAUUGAAAGGAAAUAAGAAAAGCCAUCAUGUGACUUAACAGCAAGAGGUCCCCAAAUGUCUACAUGAACCAUAUCAAAAGCUGAAAUAGCUCUACUGUCACUAAUAGGAAAGGGCAGUUUCUUUUGUUUUGCCAAGUGACAGGUUGGACAAUGUUUAAAAGAAGUUCUAUUACAUCCAGUAGCUUGAUUUUCUCUGUCUCUACUUGGAUGCCCCAGUCUCCAAUGCCAAAGGUCUAUUUGGUGAGGAAGGAAAUUGUAAGUGGUUGCUACUUGGUGGGAUGAGAUGUCAGAUGUGGACCUUGAUGGAAGAGUGAGGUGGUAGAGUCCCCUAUCUUAUUUUGCUGAACCAAUCAGGUUCUUGGUUGUUUGGUCCUGAAUAUGACAAGAGUCAGAUUCAAAUAACAAGGAAAUGGGAAGGUCAUGGGUAAGUUUGCUAAUGGAGACUAGGUUAAAAGUGAAACUGGGAACUAGUAGAACAUCUUGUAAAAUCAACCCAUUUGGUAUUUGGACUGAACCUAUAUGACUCACUUCCACUUUAGAGCCAUUAGGCAGAUAAAUAAACUGAUUUGAAACUGAUCUAGCUUGUUUGAACACAGCAAGAGUGCAUGCUAUGUGGUCUGAAGCACCACUAUCUAAAAUCCAGACUUGAGUCAGGGCCAUCAAACCAUGUUGAGCAUAAGAAGAGAGAACAUAUUUACCAGCAUAGUUGGGUUGAGAUGGUAAGUGUUGUGAGACUGAGAAUGAGGCAUGCUUGAUAGAAGGGGAUAACUGAGGGAUCCAGUUGUCUCUAUCAGGCUGUUGCAGAAGUUGCCUUAACUUGUUCAGUUCUUCAUUAGUAAAACUGAGGGAUCCAGUUGAAGAAGAUUUGCUUUCAUAGCCAGCACUUUGUCCUGAGGAAAUGGAGUCACCACUUUGUGAAUCUGAUUGGGUAACAGAACCAACAAAACCACCUCCUUCAGCCAUUCGUGCUUUCUUGUUCUUCAACCUAUAGCAUUCCUCCUUUAGAUGACCACUCAUCUUGCAAUAUCGACAGAACUUCCCUUCUCUAGCAUUCUCAUACUUAGUCUCCUUGUUAGAGUUCAAAUUCUUAUUCUGAUCAGAUUGUCCAUGUGCAGCAAGUGCCACUGACUGAAUACUCCUGGUGCUUCUCCCUUUAUCACCUUGUAACUUCUGCUCAUGUUGUAAAACAUCAUCCAAAGCAACUUCCACAGCAGGCAAGGGUUUAAGCAUGAGUAUUUGAGAUUGAAUCACAUCAUAGUCUGAUUUCAAUCCCUUCAAAAACUUAAUCAGAUAGUCAGUUUCAAGCUUCUGCUUAUAAGCAACAACUGCUGCACAAGGCCUAACUCUUACAGCUAGACAAUCACAUUCAACCACAAGGCUAUACUGCUGAAUCUCUUCCCAUAAACCCUUAAGUGUGAUAUAGUACUAAGUCACACUCAUAUUACCUUGCUUACAGGCAGCCAUUUCAUCCUGCAAGUUAGAUAGCUUGAUGGCAUUAGACCUGCCAAAUCGAGCCUUCAAUUCAUCCCACACAACUUUUGCAUUUUCAUGCUGUAAAACACUCCUGCUAAUGUCUUUAUGUACUGAAUUCAGAAUCCAACAGAGAACCAUAGUAUUUGAAGCAUCCCAUAAAACGAAAUCAGGAUGAGUAUGAUCAGGCAUUGGAAGUGUGCCAUCAAUGAAACCCAGCUUAUGCUUGGUCUUAAGAGCCAUUCUUACAGCUCGCUGCCAGGUCUGGUAGUUAGAUCCAUCCAGGGUUUCAGCAACGAUGGAUUGGCCUAGGUUUUCACUGGGAUUAAUGUAAUAGGGACUUCCAAACACCAGACCCAGAUGAGUAUUGUUACCAUUCUGCUGUUGACGAGCAUCCGCACCAGGAUUGUUGUAGUUCUGGCCUCCAGCACCACUUGACUCAGCGUUGAAAGUGCCAAAUGGUAUACCUGAGUUUUGAGAACCUGGUGGAGUUUGUGGAGGUGGAUUGUUCGCCAUUGCAGACUAAGAAGCGGAGAGAUGGAUCAGCGCCGCUCUGAUACCAUAAGAAGUAGAAAUGAAAGAAGAAGGAAAGGAAGCAGCCGCUAGGUUUAGCUGCUGAAUGAUUGGAGGGGAAAAUCUCAGAGAAAGCUGUAUGCUUCUCUGUUUCCUUUUAUACCAACAGAAAUCAACUACAGUAAAAACGGAAAUGAAGUUUAAAACUGUAAUUUAAAUAUUACUGUGCCUAACACGUGGCAACAAACAACCGUCCAACACUUAACGGCUAGCUAGUAACGGAGACAAUGGAAACGGCAUCGGAUUGAACAAACGGCUGCGUAUUACUCUUCUUCAACCUUCGUCUUCCCUCUGCCUUGGUUCUCCAGCUCUGCACAGCAGGGUUCAUCAAUCUGCUCUAAUAACUUUUUGUUUAGUUCUCCAGCGAUGAGAAGAAGAUAAAGGUUGCUUGCCAUUCCAACGUUGCCGGCGGCAAAAAAAAAGCCAACGCCACUGACACGGCCAACAAGGCGUUGGUAUGACAUAGUUGCAGUGGUAUCCGACGACGCCAAAGCGACGACGGUGAGAAUGGAUCUGCUCCUUUAUGUUGGAUCAUGUUUUUGUUUGAGUAGAUCUGAGAUUUCUUUUUUACAAAUGGAGUCGUGAUUCUUUUCUCAUGUAUAUGGUUUGAUCGUCUCCUAUGUUUUGUUUCAGAUCCUUAGAUUAUAGCGGCCUUGAUCGACGAACAGAGAGUUGGCGACAGUCCAACAACCGCCCGUCUUCAAUCCGACGAUGACCUAGUGUAAUUCCAACGGUGACUGUUAAGGGAUCAUUGUGUCAAUCCAAUGGUGGCAGUGAAGAGAUCUAUUUUCAAUCGAAUGAUGACUGUAAAGAGAAUAAUGUAUUCAAAAGUAUUUAUACGCUGGAUGUAUUCAUGUAUUUUAGAAACAGUAUGUAUUUCACUUUUUAAUAUAAUGUUUCAAAAUUU